AUGUCGUCAUCUGCCCGCACGUCCACCUCUGCCGCGCAGCUGGGUAAUGCAGCCUUCGACAGCAAUGUAAAGAUGAGCGCCGAGUUCUUAGCCCUCACAUACGGCGCUCUUGUGCAGCAGAUGGUCGAGGAGCUCACUCAGGAAGACGAUGUGGAGCAAGUGAACCAGCAGCUCUACAACAUGGGUCACCGAAUCGGCGCUCGGCUGAUCGAGGAGUACAGCGUCCGCAGCGGCGCUGCUCCGUGCCGCACCUUUAGCCAGGCCGCAGAAGGCGUCGCUCUCGUUGGACUCCGCAUGUUUCUCGGCGUGAGUGCGGAGGUGACACAGGUGAAGGACGCAGCCGACACGUUUGCAGUCAGCUUCCAAGAUAACCCGCUCGCCCUAUUUGUGGAGCUGCCGGAUGGACCGCUGCGAGAGUGCCUGUGGUACUCGAAUCUACUCUGCGGCGUCAUCACCGGCGCGCUGAGCCUUGUCGGGCUGCAGACGGAAGCCCGCUUCUCACGCGACAAGCUGCGCGGCGACUCCAAGAACGAGAUCAUCCUUCACUUCAAGGGGCGGGAGCGAGAGUCGUUUCAAGUGGAGCGCAAUUAG